GCCAGCAUUUAUUAUUUUUUUUUUUCAUCGGGUUGAUUUUCGGUGGUGAAGUGAAAAAAUAAACCAGUGUCCACGGCACAGGCCAAGACUGCCUCCCCGUGCAAAAGAAGAGGAGAAGGAGUGUGUCCUCCCCCGUUCCGUUCCGGAAACAGUGAGGUGAUUCCUUUUUCCACGAGGAGCGCGCCCCAAAAAAGGAAGAAAAAAAAACGCAAGGAAAAUUCGUCGCGUGGAAAUCAACUUUUCCUCUUGGCUCUGGGUCGUCCAGAAGAAGCGGAUAAACCCGUUUUCUGGUUCGGUCGGUCGUUUCGAAAGUUACGUGUGUGGUGUGUGCGCGCGUGUGGAAAAUUCGGAACCCUUGAGAGAGGCGAGUCGGUCAACGGAGUGGUUCCAAGUUUGGCCGUGGCCCCGACGACAUCACGAUGCGAUGGCCCUGGUGACGAUCCAGCGCUCGGCCAGUCUUGCAGGUUCCAACACGGACACAAGCUGUCGUUGUUGUUGUGCGGAAGACGUAGAGAAUGCUAAAGUGACCAGAAGCUUGAGUGAAUGCUACUUUGCCGGCAGCGGAACCGCCCUGAUGCUAGGUUCGAACGAGCAGCAGCUUCGCGCCCCUUCCGGCGGCGUCGAAGCCGCUUCCGCUGCGAUCACGCUGGAACCUGCUCCUCCCCCUCCCGGCGUUGCCGCUCCCACCAACCCCGGUCUCCGGCUGUGCGCCCGGUCGGACAGCGCCGACGAGCGGGACUCGAUCGCCUCGUCGACCUCCUCGACGGCUUCGUCGUGCGCGUCCGCCGGUAGCGACAUCCAGCAGCACCUGCAGUCCAUGUUCAACCUGUUGCGGCCGGAGGAAACGCUCAAGAUGGCGGUCAAGCUGGAAUCGCUGAGGGCGGGCAGGACGCGCUAUCUGGUGGUGGUGUCGCGACCUCCGGCUAGAAGACUCAGACAGCAGCAGCUGCUCAUGACGACGGCGUGCUCGCUGACGACGGCCAACUCGUCGGCGUUCACCAGCGUGGCCGGGAGUCCGUUGCCCGCGGCGGCGACGGCGUCGGCGUCGGUAUCACCUUUGCCGGCCAUGAUCCCGCUGAUUGGCAAGCAGAUCACUUCCGCCACGCUGUACAAGGCGGCGUCCCCCUCGACGAGCACCGUUGGCGGCGUCGGUUCCACCGUGGACGAAACCUUUGUGUCCAGCUUAGACAAUUGUGUUCUCAGUGCUUCUUCGCCGAAGAUCGUCGCGGCGACGUCUGCGACGACGAUAGCCUCAAUCGCGUUGCCUCCGUCGUUGCUCUCUGUGGCCGCCGCCGCUGCUUCUGCGUCGGCGUCAACGACCACGACCACGACGACGACGUCCGCGACGAGUGUCGAUAAAUGUGAUAGCAAUAAACCUAGCAGUACUAGUGGUAGUCCUAGCUGUAGUGUGAAUAGUGUAGCAAGUAAGACAAACGUGGCGUCAACGUCGGUGGCGCCAAGUGACAUUUCACGGGGUAGGGGAGGAACCGGAACCAGCACGCCGACGACCGGCAGCAGCAACAGUUCCAGUGCAAGUUUGCGGGGAGGGAGUCAACAGCAGCACCAGCAGCAAGUGUUGGGCGGUUGCUGCGAGAUUGAAGAGUCCUGCCUGCUCGGGAUCGACUGCAACGAGAAGACGACGGUCGGGUUGGUGUUGCGAGUGUUGGCCGACACGGCGAUUCGGCUCGACGGUGACGGUGGAUUCAGUGUGAGUUCCUGUGGGCAGCAGCACAUCUUCAAACCGGUCUCCGUGCAAGCCAUGUGGUCCGCCCUCCAAACCCUGCACAAAGUGUCGUCGAAGGCGCGCGAGCACAACUUCUUCGCCGGGGGCACCUCCCACGAGUGGGUCCCGUACUACGAGCGCCACAUCACCUCGGACCGGUCCUGUCUGAACGAGUGGCACGCGAUGGACGCGCUCGAGAGUCGCCGGCCCGCCUCCCCCGACUCGAUCCGGAACAAGCCGACGGAGCGCGAGGAAACGGAACGCGUGAUACGCACAAAGCUCAAGGAGAUUAUGAUGACGGUGGAUUUGGACGUGGUGACGUCCAAGUUUAUCCGGGGGAGGCUGGAGGAGCAGCUGGACAUGGACUUGGGCGAGUACAAGUCGUUUAUCGACGAGGAGAUGCUGGUUAUUUUGGGGCAGAUGGACGCCCCGACGGAGAUCUUUGACCACGUGUACCUGGGGUCGGAGUGGAACGCGAGUAAUUUGGAGGAGUUGCAGCGGAACGGGGUUCGCCACAUUCUGAACGUGACGCGGGAGAUUGACAACUUUUUUCCGGGGAUGUUCGACUACUUUAAUGUGCGCGUGUACGACGACGAGAAGACGGACCUGCUGAAGCACUGGGAUAAUACGUUCAAGUACAUUUCGCGGGCCAAGAUGGAGGGUUCGAAGGUGUUGGUGCACUGCAAGAUGGGGAUUUCGCGGUCGGCGUCCGUGGUGAUAGCGUACGCGAUGAAGGCCAACAACUGGGACUUUGACCAGGCGCUGAAGCACGUGAAGUUGAAGCGGACGUGUAUCAAGCCGAACAAGAACUUUAUUGCGCAGCUGGAGACGUACCAGGGCAUGCUGGACGCGAUGAAAAACCGGGAGAAGCUGCAGCGGAGUAAGAGUGAGACGAAUCUGAAGAGUGGCAGUGGGACGAAGGACGGGCGGUUGCUGCCGGGCAGUGAGCCGACUCCGUUGAUUCAGGCGUUGAACCGGGAGAGUAAUCAGAACACGCUCAGUAAAAGUGGCCGGUUUUUGAGGAGGCGGGGGAAACGACCGAAGAGUUGGUCCCCGGACUCUGAGAAGGCCGCGUUGCUGCUGGAGACUAGCCGGCAACAGUCGCACUCGCUGGAGCACUUGAUGGCGGCGCAGAACAUCGAGGUUAAGACGAUUCGGAUGCCGUGCGGGAACGGCCAGAACUACAGCGUCUCGCAGAACCAGAUCGUGCACCUGCAGGAGGGCAGCGAAUCUCCGUCGGCGUCCUCGUCCUCGGUGCGGUCCAUCAUCAGCGAGCUGGAGUCGAACAAACAAGCCAAAGAAACCUCCGGCGGAAGCCACAAACGGAAAGGUUCGUCCUCUUCGGUGGCGUCCGCGACCGGUCUCAGCUUGGCGGCGUCCGACGAAGACCAGUGGGAUCCCGGGGAGGAGCUCCGGGCCAGCAUCCCGUUAACGGCGGCCAGCACUACUUCUCAACAUUGUGAUACUAUUUCUACUAGCACUAGCAGCGACACUUCAAUAGCUCAACCGGGGGUGGUCUGCUGGACGAGUCAAAGCCAGAUCAUCCAGCAAAUUCCUGUCGCGCUUCCCCCUCAGCAGCCGCAGCACGUGUCUCGACAGAGUUCCUGGUCCAGCGUGGACUCCGCCGUCGUGGCGGACAUGAUCCGCGGGACGCUUUCGUCCGCGUCGCGGCACUCGAGCUGGGGCUCGGGCGAUAACCAGCAGCAGAGGGGGGCGCCGGCGCCGCCCUCGCGCAACAGCAGCUGGGGCUCGUACGACACCGGCAGUAGCAACAGCGCCGCGAGCAGCAUACAAACCGUGAUCGAGGUUCCGGCGGGUGCGAUCAUGAUGGCCGCCGAGGAGGACCUUGGCCAGAGUGGGAUCUUCCCGUACGACAAGGACGAAAUUCCGUGGCAUCCGGGGACGGUCAAGCGGACGAAGCAGAAGAUCGAGGAGCGAUCCUCGUCCUCGAUCAAGCGGAUUUGCAGCGAAAAGUUCGGCCAGAAGCAUCCCAAGUGUGGUGAUCGGGGGAAGUCUUCGUCCGGGGGGCAGCGAUCGAACAGCGAGGAAGCCCUACCGUCGAAUCGGAACGCCCCAGGGAUGAUUUCCAGCACGUACACCCGCCUAUCGGCGUCCGCUCCGGAUUCGUACUGCCUGUGCUCGUACGGAGGAACCGCUGCGAAGGCGAAACCGGAAGAAAUGCCUCCCCCGAAGGGCCAGCAUCGGAGGUUCAGCUUUCGGAAGAGUUCGUCCGGUGCGGGGACCGGCGCGGCCAACCUCGCCGACGAGAAGAAGGAGAAGAACGACGAAAACACCGCCAUCAGCGUGGGCGGAAUCGUCCGGAACCUCAAGAUGAGCUUCGAGGCGAAAGUCUCCAGCGAUCGAAGCCGCAAGGAGCAGAAAAAGGUCCGCUCGCUGCCAUCCUCUCCGGUUGCCAUACACAUCGAACUGAACAAGACCGGCGGAGGCAAGCAGAACCCGCAGAGUCCGCAACCGCCGGAAGACGUGACCGUGCGGGACCUCGUCGGCCGGUACGAAGCCCCGCGCCAACACCGGGCCUCCUUCAACACCCACCACCGGCACAACAGCACCAGCAGCUCGGCCAGUUCCACCACCGGCGGCCAGGACCAGGUCCAGGUCGUGCUCCGCCAGCGACCCCGGUCCGUCUUCGAGCCGCUCAAGUAUGCACAAAACCAGCAGAAACCCCUCAUGAUUUCACACUCAACCGCCCUCCUCAAGUCCAGUUCCGGCACCGACACCACCCUAGCGGACUUUAGCCGGAUGCCACCGAUCCCGCCGGCCGGGGCCCCCUUCGUGCGGGGCAUCAUCAUCGGAACCUCGAAUAAUAACAACAACAACAAUAACAACACCUCAGCGUCGACGGGUGGCGGCACGGGCGGAACCGGCGUCACCGGCCAAACCAAAAAGGUGGUCCAGCACCACGGCAAGACCCACCCGCUGGCCAAGAUCAACCUGACCAAGCAUCGGAUCAACGCGACUUCCACGACGGCAGCUACGGCGUACAAUACGAUUGUGCGUGUGUACUGCUAUCACUAUUACACAACUACUACUACGGCUAUCGCUCGCUAUUCGCUAUUGGCGCGUCAGAAAAAAAAGCAAGAAGCUAAAAACUAGUGGCAACAAGAAGAAAAAAAGGAAAGAGAGAAAAAAAUGCAUAUUAGCGAAUCAAACAAAACAAAUAACAGACACAGCAACAAUAUUCAAGUAACUGUUCGAAUAUUUUAUGUGGUUUUUAUAAGCUUUUAAACUGAGAGACAGAAAGGAAUGUGCAAAGGAAAUAAAAAAGUAAAGUGUAAAAAAAACUAUUGUGAGAGCCGACUCGGAAACAAAACAAUAGCGGCGAGGAAGAGAAGGCAAGAGAAGGAAGCAAAAAAAAGCAAAACUAUAGGAAAACGAGAAAGUUUGUAUUUAAAGAAUAAAACAAAGAAAAAGAGAUAAAAAAAACAUGAGUAAAGAAACAAA